UGGAAGUAGAAGAUUCAAGUUUUUUUUUUCUCUUUUUGGGGCUGUGGGAAAUCUUUGACAUUUUGUGUAGGAAAAUUGUCUUCUUUGUGGUCCUGUUGAAUCAUAACUUUGAGAGCAUGACAUUCGAAAUGUUUCCAUCCCCAUUUCAUUUAUUAAUAUUCAUAGAUUCCUUUUCAUUUACAAAGUGGUAUGGUAGUCUUACUUUGAAGAAUGCCAUGGGGGAUAUAAAAAAAACCAAACUGAAAAGAGAAAAUUAUUGGGGAAAGCAAAGCAAUGAGACUGUAUUCAUCAUGUAAUGCACAUAUCAAGACUUGAAGCUGUAUUUUCACCUUUGGUACCAAAUCCCCUGUUCCUCCACCUACCCAAUCAUAGCUCAACACAUCAUAACUUGUUGGACAAUGUUGCCCCUCUUUGUCACCAGAGUAGCCCUUUUAACCCCAAGAUCUAUUGAAUAGAUAAGAGGUUAAAGCUGCUGGUGAAUGAGUACCUCUCUAUCUCUAGUGGCUAUAAAAAAAGAUUGGUCCUCUUUCCUUGGCCUCCCCUUUUGUUUGUUCAUUAUCCUCUUCUCCCACAGUUUCAUUCCCAGCAGAGGGGAGAGAGAGAGAGAGAGAGAUGGGAAAUUGCCAAGCCAUUGAUGCAGCAACACUUGUGAUACAACACCCAAGUGGGAAAGUUGACAAACUAUAUUGGCCUGUGACUGCUAGAGAGAUCAUGAAGAUGAAUCCUGGUCAUUAUGUUGCUCUUCUUAUCUCCACCACCAUGGUUACACCGAAUGAAAGUUCUAAUAACAAUGAAACCAGCAAGGUUGAGAAAAAGGAGAAUGAAGCCAGCAAGGUUGAGAAAAAGGAGAAUGAAACCAGCAAGGUGGAGAAAAAGGAGAAUGAAGGCAGUAGUAAUUCGGUUCGUUUAACUAGAAUCAAGCUUCUUCGCCCAGCUGACACGCUUGUUCUUGGCCAAGUUUACAGGCUCAUCACUUCUAAAGAGGUUAUGAGUGGUUUAUCCGCAAAGAAACAAGCAAAGGUUAAACAAAGCCAGUUAGAAGCCGCUGAGAAGGCAGGGAGGAGGAAAGAACGUGCAGCCAGAGGCUCAGAUUCAGCAGCCGCCACCGCAGCUGGAAGAUCUGUAUCUGAAGAUCCUUUUCAGGCGACCAAACACGAGAAGAACAACAGACCAAGAACAAGUACAUCGACAACCUCGGCCAUAACCAGGUCAAGAACAUGGCAACCUUCAUUACAUAGCAUCUCAGAAGCUGGUAGCUAAUCAUUUAUGUUCCCUAUUUCCCACAUGCUAUUGAGAGACAGGGUGGCACAGAUUGUCCAAGGCUCUUUAAACUUCUCCAAAGAGGGAAAAAAAAAAAAAAAAAAAAAAAAAAAAAAAAAAAAAAAAAAAANAACAAAAGCAGAAAACUGGAGAAAGUGAAAACAAAUAAAGGAGAGAAGCCAAAUGAGCUUUUUAAUUCAAGAAGAGAAAUUCCUUCAAGAGCAGAUCUGGAAGCAAAACAGCACAAAACCGUGCAUAGGAAAAGCAGGGUGGGUAACAUCUUUGUAAAUUCAAAGUCCUUUUCAGUAAUGGCUAUUGGUCAUUGUGCAAAAUGAGAGCUCUGUUUUGAUUACCACUCUGUUUCAUCUGUUUUAGCAGAAUAGAAUAGACAAGUGAUUGUGCUUACUCUACUCUGUUGUUUUUGUUUUUGUUGUCGUGUUCAAGAACAUGUGGAGCUACACAUUUGAAUCUCUAAUUCUAUAGUUGAAGAUAAAUAUUAAAAUGAGUUGAGUUACGCUG